UAAGCUCGGCUUAGCUCGGCCUCGGGAGGCCUCGGAAGCAGCAAGCAGCAGAUCAAGAGCCAUGGCUGCCAGUUCCGAGCUUGCGAUUUUGGUGGCAUGCGCGCUGCUGUUAGCUGCGGCGUGCGGAGGCGCCCCCGAGCUCGAGGUCGGGUACUACGAGGAGACGUGCCCCGAGGCGGAGGCCAUCGUGAGGGCCGCUGUGAGCGAGGCCGUCGCCGUGGACGCCGGCGUCGGCGCCGGCCUCAUCCGCCUCCUCUUCCACGACUGCUUCGUCCAGGGCUGCGACGCGUCGGUGCUGCUGGACCCGACGGCGCUGAACCCGCGGCCGGAGAAGCUCGGCCCACCCAACAUCCACAGCCUGCGGGGCUACGAGGCGAUCGACGCGGCCAAGGCCGCCGUGGAGGAGGCGUGCCCCGGCACCGUCUCCUGCGCCGACAUCGUCGCCUUCGCCGCGCGCGACGCGUCCUACCUCCUGAGCGGCUACCGCGUCGACUUCAAGAUGCCGGCGGGCCGCCUCGACGGCCGCCGCUCGAACGCCUCCGACACGGUCCCGUCCCUGCCCCCGGCGUCCGCCAGCUUCACCGAGCUCGUCGACAACUUCGCCAACAAGGGCCUCGACGCGGAGGACAUGGUCGUGCUCUCCGGCGCGCACUCCGUCGGCCACGCCCGCUGCUCGACCUUCGCCGCGGACCGCACGGACGUCGAUGCCGACGCCGACAUCGACCCGUCGUUCGCGAGGUCGCUGCGGAGGAGGUGCGCCCGAGCGGAGAACGGCACCGACGGAAAGGAGCAGGACGGCCCGACGGUGAGCCAGGACGCGGUGACCCCGACGGAGCUGGACAGCCAGUACUACCGCAACGUGCUGAAGCGCAGGGUGCUGCUCGCCUCGGACGCGGCGCUGCUGGAGACCCCGGAGGCGGCGCGGAUGGUGCGGGACAGCGCGAGCGUCGGCGGGCGGUGGGAGAAGAAGUUCGCCAAGGCCAUGGUGAAGAUGGCCGGCAUCGGCGUGAAGAAGGCCGGCCGCCACGCCGAGAUCAGGGCGAACUGCAGGGUCGUCAACUACUGAAAGCCAUGAACGUAUGGGCCGGGGUCGUUGUGCUGUGCAUGCGUCCAUCGUUCCAUGAUUUGUCCCGUUCCUGUGCAGCAUUAUUUCAGUUCUUUAUUUUUUGGUUUCGUACUUGCGAGCUUGCCGUCUCGUGUGGUGAUUCGUCG